AUGGCCACCAUCCUUCAGUCCGCUGACCGUCUCAUCAACCAGAGUCUCGCCGUGCUCGAUAACAAAUGGGUUAGCGGUUUCUUGCGUCUCUUCCUGUUCCUGUACGGCGGCUUUGCCGCUCCCAAACUCACCGCCAGCGCCACUGUCGUCUUCGAGAACCCCAUCUUCCGCGUCCUUGUCUUCUUCCUGAUCAUCAUCGUGGCCAACAAGGACUUUGCCCUCUCGCUGCUGCUCACCUUUGUCUUCUUCACCAGCACUUGGUACAUUGAGAACAAGCUGAAUGCUUCCGGGUCUACGAGCUCCAGCAUCGGCACUGGCUUGAGCUCGAGCGGCCUCUUCGGCAGUAGCAGCGUCGCACCCAAAUCCAGCUCGGUCGUUGCCCCGACGGCGGUUUCCGUCACAGUGCCUCCCAGAUACACAUCCUUCAGUCAGAACGGUGAUUCAAUCCCCGGCUACGACGAGAACGAUGUGCCGUAUGCUGCGUUCUGA